AUCGCGGUGGCCUACACUCGUCGCCGCUUCACUACCGCGCUCUCCCCCUCUUCGUCGUUGCCGUCGCCGCAGUCCCCAUCCAUCCGUCGAGGCAUCCAUCCAUCCACCCAUUCCAUUUUCGCUCUCCUCUUCCGUCACACCUCCCUCCUCCUCGUCCCCCCCUCCUGCGGCGCACUUAUAUAUAUACCACCACGUCGAUGCGCCACUCAGCUGGCAUCGCCAUCGACGGCGUGCCGCCAUAGACGGCCUGACACCCCCCCGCUCCCGCCCCCGCCCUAUUCAUCCCUUCAUCAUCCCAAUUUCCACAAACCUCGCGCGCGGCGGAGGGAGAAGGAAGGAUGGCGUCGGAGCCGGUGGCGCGGGCGGUGGCGGAGGAGGUGGCGCGCUGGGGCGCGAUGCGCCAGACCGGGGUCAGCCUGCGCUACAUGAUGGAGUUCGGGGCGCGCCCCACGGAGCGGACCCUCCUUCUCGCCGCGCAGUUCCUGCACAAGGAGCUCCCCAUCCGCAUCGCGCGACGGGCGCUCGACCUCGACUCGCUCCCCUUCGGCCUCUCCACCAAGCCCGCCAUCCUCAAGGUGAAAGAUUGGUAUGUGGAGUCAUUCCGUGAAAUCCGGUCCUUUCCAGAGGUGAGGAACCAGAAAGAUGAGCUCGCCUUCACCCAGAUGAUCAAAAUGAUCAGGGUACGACACACCAAUGUGGUGCCUGCGAUUGCAUUGGGUGUGCAGCAGCUGAAGAAGGACUUGGGCGGUCCAAAGGCGUUCCCCCCCGGAAUCCAUGAGAUCCAUCAGUUUCUUGACCGCUUCUACAUGUCAAGGAUUGGGAUCCGGAUGCUGAUAGGGCAGCACGUCGCUUUGCAUGACCCUGAUCCAGAGCCUGGUGUGAUAGGGCUUAUAAACACAAAAAUGUCACCCAUGACAGUUGCUCGAAUUGCUAGUGAAGAUGCACGUGCUAUUUGCAUGCGGGAGUAUGGAUCAUCUCCUGAUGUCGACAUAUAUGGUGAUCCGGGUUUUACAUUUCCAUAUGUUACACCACAUCUACAUCUCAUGAUUUUCGAGCUGGUGAAGAACUCCCUUCGCGCGGUACAGGAACGGUAUAUGGAUUCUGAUAAGCUUGCACCUCCAGUUCGAAUCAUAGUUGCUGAUGGAGCAGAGGAUGUAACUAUUAAGAUUAGUGAUGAAGGUGGUGGAAUACCAAGGAGUGGGCUCUCAAGAAUUUUUACGUAUCUCUAUAGUACAGCAGAAAACCCUCCUGAUCUGGACGGACAUAAUGAAGGAGUAACUAUGGCUGGAUAUGGUUAUGGGAUCCCUAUUAGUCGCCUUUAUGCUCGAUAUUUCGGUGGGGACUUGCAGAUCAUCUCUAUGGAAGGAUAUGGAACUGAUGCUUACCUCCACCUUUCACGGCUGGGAGAUUCGGAGGAACCCUUGCCGUAAUUUAUUCAAAAGAACCAUUCCUGUAAUUAGGAUAUUGCUUCUGUGCUGGUAUGCAAGUAUAGUUCUGAAGGCCAGCCACCUGUUCAGCUGUUCGUGUCCCUACUUGUUGUCUUUAUUGUUCAUUCAUCAUCUUAAUGGAUUGUGAUCGUAAUUCCUAAUCGUUUUAUGACUGAUUUGUACUGUCAUUAUAAUUGUCGAACCUCCAAAAAAAAAAGUUGCCGUCGAGCAUCCGAGGUAUUUAUUAGUUUGAGUGAGUAAUGGGAUUCACCAUAACACUGUAAGCCUGUUACUCCAAUGCCUCUAAAGCAUGUUUUU